AUGGUAGCAGACACCGAAUACUAUGACCGUCUAGGCGUCACGCCGACGGCGACCGAACUCGAAAUCAAAAAGGCCUACCGAAAACUCGCCGUCACACAUCAUCCUGACAAGAACCGUGGCGAUGAGACCGCCCAUGCCAAGUUCACGGGGAUCAGCGAGGCUUACCAGGUGCUGAGCAAUAAGGACUUACGAGCUGCAUAUGACAAGUAUGGACGAGACAAGGCAAUGCCAGACGCUGGAUUCGAGGAUCCAAAUGAAUUCUUCUCGAUGAUCUUCGGCGGCGACGCUUUCGAAUACUGGAUCGGCGAAAUUUCCCUAAUGAAAGACCUUACUAAGACCAUGGAAAUCGCUAUGAAAGAUGUCGACCUCAAUGAAGAAGACCCCGAAGCUCUUCAGAAGCAAGCGGAGACCGCACAAGCUCAUGCUCAGGCUCAAGCCCAGGCCCAGGCCCAGGCACAAUCCGGUGAUCCGUCCCAACCGACCGCUGAAAAAUCUGGCGCGACAUCGCCAUUAGAUACACCGCCUGUAUACACGCCUACAUCCUCGACUUCUCCGGAAGCCUCCAAACCAGCCACUCCAGCCCCCGAGAGCUCUACUACCCAGGCCCGUGUCCCAUUACGCCAAGCUAUUAUGGACAAGACGGAUGAAGACCACCGUCAACAGGUUCUCGCUGACGAGAAGGCUAGGAAGGAAAAGGAUAUCUUGACCAAAGAGCAACGUCAAAAGCAGAGAGAUGAACUUCUAGCAUUCGAAAAAGAGCGACGGGAGAUUCGUGAAAAGCGUGUCGCUACGCUCGUUGCCAAUCUCAUCAACAAAGUCAGCAUAUGGACGGAGACAGACGCCGACUCCGAUCUGACUAAGAGCUUCGAAGAGAAGAUCCGUUACGAAGCCGAGAAUUUGAAGAUGGAGAGCUUUGGUAUUGAAAUUCUACACUCGAUCGGUCAAACCUACACUAUGAAAGCAAGCACCUAUCUUAAAUCCCAAAAGUUUUUAGGCAUUCAAGGUUUCUUCAGCCGUAUGAAAGAUCGCGGCACUGUCGUCAAAGAAACUUGGAACACAAUAUCCUCAGCCAUCGACGCCCAAGUAGAAAUGGAGAACAUGUCUAAACUCGAGGAAGCUGGUGGCGAGGACUGGACUGAUGAAAAGAAAAUGGAAUACGAACGAAAAGUUACCGGCAAGAUCCUCAUGGCGGCGUGGAGAGGUAGUCGGUUCGAAAUUCAAGGUGUCUUGAGAGACGUCUGUGAUCGUGUCCUCUACGACAAGACUGUGCCACACGACAAGCGUAUCCAAAGGGCGCAUGCUUUGAUGAUGAUUGGAAAGAUCUUUAGUGAGGCCCAAAGAGAUCCCGACGACGAAGCUGGUGAAGGUGUCUUUGAAUCCCUCGUUGCGGAAGCCGCUAGGGACAAGGAAGAAAAGAAAGGGAAACGAAAGGAAGAACGAAAGAAGAGCGGCAGCGGCGGUGGCUUCUUCGGACAUAGCAAUUCCAGCGCUUCAACUGACGCUAAAGCCGCAGAAGCUUCAUCGUCGUCACAAACCAAAGCCCAGUAG